AUGGCGAACUCUAAAAGGUUUCCAUUUCUGAUUCCCUUUCUCUUGUUCAUGCUGCAUCUCCAUGUGUCGACUGCAGAAAUCAACGGAGGUCACAAUUUCCUCUUCAAACUCCGCUCAGUUCUCAUCUUCACCCAAACCGUUCAGCGAAAGAACCCUUCAGUUAAAACCCUAUUAUCCAUAGGAGGUGGUGCUUCCGAUCCAUCAACCUUUUCCACAAUGGCAAGUCAACCCAGUUCUCGAAAAUCAUUCAUUGACUCGUCAAUACAACUAGCCCGAUCAAACAACUUCCACGGCCUUGACCUUGAUUAUGAGUAUCCAUCCUCUAGUUCAGACAUGCAAAACUUAGGUGUACUAAUCAGGGAGUGGAGAACAGCUUUGUUUAGCGAGGCUAGAACCUCGGGGAAGCAAGUUUUGCUCUUAGCGCUUGCAGCGUUUAUCAAUUCCAACUACUACUCAUUGAAUUAUCCUAUAUAUACAGGCAAUGAUUGA